UCAGGACAGCACCGUCAGGACAGCUUUGGGAGGGAUUCUACCAUACCUCAGUUGGAUCUCUUUGUUCUGAUCUGCAUUAGUUAAGAUUACCCAAACUUGGAUUUCAAAGGAAUACUUUCAUUGUUCCAUCUGUCAUACCAAGUAAUUGGGGCCAGCUGGAUGUCAGGAUGCGCGUGGUUACCAUCAUCAUCCUGCUUUUCUUUUGUAAAGCCGCUGAGCUCCGCAAGGCAAACCCUGGGGGUGUGAGAAGCCGAGCGAAUCCUGGCCGGGUGGGUGGGGGCCGGAGGGGCUCCAGCCCGGUCAAACGCUACGCACCGGGCCUCCCCUGCGAAGUGUACACGUAUCUUCAUGAGAAAUACUUAGAUUGUCAAGAAAGAAAACUAGUUUAUGUGCUGCCCGACUGGCCUCACGAUUUGCUGCACAUGUUGUUAGCAAGAAACAAGAUCCGCAUAUUGAAGAACAGCAUGUUUUCCAAGUUCAAAAGGCUGAAAAGCUUGGAUCUGCAACAGAAUGAGAUCUCCAAAAUUGAGAGUGAGGCUUUCUUUGGUUUAAACAAACUCACCACGCUCUUACUGCAGCAUAACCAGAUCAAAGUCUUGACCGAAGAAGUGUUCAUUUACACACCUCUCCUGAGCUACCUGCGCCUUUACGACAACCCCUGGCACUGUACCUGUGACAUAGAGACGCUUAUUUCAAUGCUGCAGAUCCCAAAGAACCGAAAUUUGGGGAACUAUGCCAAGUGCGAAAGCCCACAAGAACUAAAAAAUAAAAAGCUGCGUCAGAUAAAAUCAGAAGAGUUGUGUAAUGAAGAAGAAAAGGAACAACUGGACCCGAAACCCCAAGUGUCAGGGAGACCCCCAGUUAUCAAGCCUGAGAUGGACUCUUCUCUUUGCCACAUUUACGUGUUUCCCAUACAAACACUGGACUGCAAAAGAAAAGAGCUGAAGAAAGUUCCAAACAAUAUCCCUCCAGAUAUUGUUAAACUUGACUUGUCGUACAAUAAAAUCAACCUACUUCGGCCCAAGGAGUUUGAAGAUGUUCAUGAGCUAAAGAAAUUAAACCUUAGCAGCAAUGGCAUCGAAUUCAUCGAUCCUGCUGCUUUUUUAGGACUCACACAUUUAGAAGAGUUAGAUUUAUCGAACAACAGCCUGCAAAACUUUGACUAUGGAGUAUUAGAAGACUUGUAUUUUUUGAAACUCUUGUGGCUCAGAGAUAACCCUUGGAGAUGUGACUACAACAUCCACUACCUCUACUACUGGUUAAAGCACCACUACAACGUCCACUAUAAUGGCCUGGAAUGCAAAAUGCCUGAAGAAUACAAGGGGUGGUCUGUGGGGAAAUAUGUUCGGAGUUACUAUGAAGAAUGUCCCAAAGACAAAUUGCCAGCAUACCCUGAAACAUUUGACCAGGAUACAGAAGAGGAUGAGUGGGAAAAAAUACAUAGGGAGCACGCAGCAAAGAAGCAAAGUGUAAGAAUCACUAUAGUGGGAUAAUCUAGAGAUUCUUCUAGUUGCAACUAGUUAUGUAUUUGCUGUACUGGUGUCAAAAAAAAACCACAUGUUUACAUUUUGAUUAACUGUGUUGCCUAUUUAUGCAGGGUUAUCCAACUAAAGGAAGGUUUCUUUAAUUAUUUUUUAUUAUUAGAGUAAUCAAGGAAAUACUCUCAUCCUGUUUGCCUGAACAGCCUUUGAUGAUGAUUCCAAACUAGUAGCCUGCAGAAGAUGGCUUCUAAUGACAUUAGAAUUUCAUAAUGUCCUGUUGUAAAUGUUUUUACUGCUUUUAAAAAUAAUUUUUAAAAUGUUCAUUUUUACAUGCCUUUUGAUAGCUGCACAGACAUAUCUAAACACAAUCAAAAUGAAAAGAUACAAAUGCCUGGUAAUAAUAAAAUGUCAUUCUCUCCCCUCCGUCCUCACCCCGUCCCCACCCCCACCUGUUUUCAAUAAGUCAGCUUAUACAUUGAAUAAAUUUCCAUUUCUGAUUCUUGUGCA